AUGCCCGUCCGGGACACCAUAUCAGCCCUGGUUGACUGGGCCACCUCACACGGGGCCACGCUGCAUCCAUCCAUCGAGGUCUACCGAGACCCCCAGACCGGCCUCUCGUUCCGUGUCAAACCAUCCGCCCAGUCACCGGUGCAACCAUACGAAGCCAUCGUGCAACUGCCCACCUCGCUCGCCCUCUCCUACUUGAACGCCGUGUCCGAGCAGGGCGGGCGGGAAACCUCGGGCCCGGCCGGCCUCCCCAAGGAGGUGCUCGCCGGGGCUGCCCCCCAUGUAGUCAGCCGCCUGUUCCUGAUCCAGGAGUAUCUCAAGCGCGACAAGUCGUUCUGGCAUCCCUACAUCCAGGCGCUCCCGCAGCCCGGACAGGCAAACAGGUCCCAGUGGGCGCUGGCGCCGUUCUGGGAGGACGACGAGGCCGAGCUGCUCGACGGGACCAAUGUCGAAGUCGGCAUCGACAAGAUCAGGAACGACGUCACGAGGGACCUGAAACGGGCGCGGGAGCUGCUGCGCGCGCACGGAGACGGUGCCGAGGGCGCCUUGGACAGGGCGCUGACCACGGAGCUGUACCAGUGGGCGUACUGCAUCUUUUCCAGCCGCAGCUUCAGGCCGAGCCUGGUGCUGUCGGAGAAGCAGCGGCGCGGGCUGCCCGCCGGCGUGGCCGUCGACGACUUCUCCGUGCUGCUGCCGCUGUUUGACAUUGGGAACCACGACAUGACGGCCGACGUCCGCUGGGACCUGGACGACGAGAGCCAGGCGUGCGGGCUGAGGGUGGGCAGGACGCACAUGCCGGGGCAGCAGGUCUUCAACAACUACAGCAUGAAGACCAACGCCGAGCUGCUGCUGGGCUACGGCUUCAUGCUCCCGGUCACCGAGGCGCUGCACAACGACUACACGCACGUCCGCAAGAGGACGGCCCCGGCGGCGUCGGACGAGUACCUCAUCUCGCUGCGGCCCGUGUCGCACCCGAGCUCCGUGCUGGCCCGCGCCAGGCAGUCGCUCGUCCUGGACGCGUCCGCCGCGGUGCUGGGCUCCUUCGGGCACGUCCAGGCCGAAAUGGUCUGGGACAUCUUUUGCACGCUCGCCGCCACGCCGGAGCGGCGCGCCGCGCUGAUCCCCGUGCCCGAGGGCGCGUCGGGCCCGCCAGACGCCCACCAGAGAGGCCGCUUCUUCGCCGGCAAGGUCGAAGGCGAGGCGCGCCUGUAUCUGCAGCAGACGGUCGCCAUUAUCCAGCACAAGGUGCUGCAGGAGCUGGAGCGGCUCAACGAGACGGAUGUCGAGGUCGCCGACGCCGACGAGCCCGACUUGACCCGCAAUCAGAGGCUGGCCCUCGAUUACAGAGGCAGGUGUAGAAGGGUGCUGGAGGGCGUGUUGGAGUCCAUGAGUGGCGAUGACAUACUCGACCACGAAUACUAG